AUGAAUGGCGGCUGUCGAUCGUACAAGUUGCCUGCACUUGCCGCAACAGCGGGAGGUGGAGCGUGCCUUACACUGCCUCUCCCCCUCAAUGGAGAAAGCGACAUCAGUGGCUCUUCCCAGGGUGGUCUUACAUUCGUCGCAAACGGAUUCUCAUCUACAUUCACAUUCAAAUCCGGACCAUCCGCACGGAUAGCAUGCCGGAAGGGCCCAAUCCCCCGUGGCGGAGGUAUCGAGGGGCGGUUAGUGUUAUGGAGGAACGGGGGUAUAGCCGGAGCAGGUGCACCCAUCACAGUAUCACCAUCGUCAUCCAAUACGAUGGGUGAUGUACGUGUACCUGCACCUUGCAUGCGGUCUGGUCGGGAGGACGAAGAGGUCGUGGCAACCGGAGCGUCGAGGGAUUUUCGGAUGGACCGCCUCUUCAAGGACGUACCCCCUGCACCUGAGGAUCUCUUUGAUACGCCGGUGGAGAAACCCACACGGCAAGCCCGCCAGCAGGCAUAUUCAGCCAAGGUGGACGAGGCGAUGAAGGACGUCCUUGAGGAAUACAGUAAAUGGUGGGCGGAUAAUGAGGAAGCGCUCGAAAAGAACGACAGGGGGACCCCUCGAACACGCCAGAUCCACACGUCUGCGUCCGCGUCAAUAGGCGUUAAUUUAAACCUUGAAAAAAUGGGGUACACUGUGUGCAACUAUGAAUAUCGCCGCCGACUGUCCAGGUGGAUUACUCCCGACCCCGUCUCUUCAAAUCAAUACUGCACUGAGCGCACAGCGUCUUGAAAUACGAUGGAAAUGACUUAGGAGAGAAGGGAUACAAUGUUGGCUACAGUGGCGGACGUGAAUUUGAUUGUGGAUAGACAUAAAACAUACUCCUGUACAGAUUCUGGCAACAAAUCCCAGGUUUUUACAAUAGUUAUC